AUGUUAAUUGGAUUUCUCGCGUUGGUUCAGUCUCAGUACAUGAUAGACAAGACGAAAGUCUUGAAAGAUAAAGUACUUUAUGGAUACGAAUAUCGUAACUUCACCAUGACAACUGUGGAUGAAUGUUUCCUUCAAUGCUAUGAAAAUUGUUUCUGUAUGGCAUUUCAAAUGUGUCCAAAUACACAAUGUCAACUGUUGUCAUCCAAUCAAUUCCAAUUUCCAUCAGCAUUGGUUACAACGGAAGGAUGUUCUUAUUACGACAUUCUUCCUGACCUUCAACAGGUAAUUAACCACGGUUGACAGCACAAGAAUUAGGGUUUGGGAUUAGGGUCAUGGAUAUAUAGGUUAGGAUCAGGGAUGCCGGAAAUUGCUGGGGGCAAGGGGUGCAAUUGGUUAACAAGAGGGCAUAUUCCUUAACAAAAGGGCACUAAUGAAAAUGAAAGGGCAUCUAUAAAUUAUUUUUGGCGACCUUCCCGCUGCACCCGUGGUUCCGGCAUCCCUGGUUAGGAUUAGGGUUAUGAAAUAAAACACUAAAUUGAUAUCUAUACUCUAACGACUUGUCCUUGCGGCUUAGUUAGUGAAGCAUUGGUGAGCAAACCAAAGCUCGCGGGAACGAUUCCCAACGCGGGGUUAAAAACCAAUCUAAAAUGAACACGUCUUGUGAUUGGCUUCCGUAAAGAAAAGUUAUCAGUUUUUAUGACUUAUUCUUUAGAAAAUAUAUCCUUUAGUUGCACGAUGUUUCAUCGUUAUAAUAUAAACCCGCGGCAACCACAAAACGUGGCGCACUAUUUUCCAAAUCGAGCCGAGACAAACAUUAAUCCAAUCGCUCUUCACCUACAGUGAAAACGUCUAUUGAUGCAUAUAUCUUGGUAAAACUUCCUAGUACUAGUCCACUUUAAAUUACUUUUAGUUUUUUUCUUAUUAAAAUGACAUGCUUGCUCCUUGAAUUUGUCUCGCCUGAGAAACACGCGGAUCUUGACCACCAUGCGGCACACGCGUGUCUGGGGGUCCGAUUUAGUAUCAAGAAAAGGAUAGGCAGUUUAUCUGAAUAUCCAGUUUGAUUAUAUACACAAGGUCUGGAUAUGCGGUAUUCUGCAAUCUGAUUGGUUCUCUACUAGCAAGAUAUUAGCUCAUAUCCUACUAGUAGAGAAAAACAAAAUGGCGGCUCAAACUGAAUUUCCGAUUUUUGCGAACGAGAAAACGGCAAGUUGUUUGCUUUUUAUAGCCUUUACAGGAUUAAAAACACAAUGAAAAACUCGCACAAAUUGUUUACAGGUUAGCAAAUGAAUUUUUAAAAUUUAAAAUGGUUAAAAAUAUAUAUUUUUGAAGAAAUAAUCGGCCGAAUAAGCGAAGAUAAAAACAUAAACAAAAUAGAAAAAUAUUGAAAAUAUCCGAAAAGCAAAGUCUGUGAAUUCAGACAUUGUGUAUAUAAUAAACGCGCCUCAUCGGCUAUCAGCUCAUAUUCGACUCGAGUUCGUAGAAUAACUGUUAAAUAUUCCUUUAACUGCAUGGGCUAACUGCAUGUUGGCGCUGAUCUCAACUCGGUCAGAGAAUGUUUCAGCUUGUCCGGUACUGAGCCACUCGGGAGAGCAUCACUAACUAGUUAUUUUCUUUGUCAGAUCAAGAAGAUGAAUGCUUCUGGUUGUAAUCGAGUAUCUGUCUGUCAAUUUCAUGAUCAUCUGUGUCAAAAUAACGGAAGCUAUGUUGCCCUCACACCUACAGAUCAUACAACACCUCGUUACAAAUGCCAGUGUUUAACAGGUUAUACAGGAAGCCUGUGUCAACAUGCAAUAAAAUCUUGUCUUGCUUACAGUAACGGUUCUCGAGUCCCUGGAAAUUAUCAGGUGUUGGAUGAUAACAUGAAACCCUAUGAAGUGUUUUGCGAUUUUGAUUCAAGUUCAAACAAGGUAUGGACACUCGUUAGUUCAUAUCAACUUCAAAAUAAGGUUAAUUUUGAUAAAAGCUAUUCUAAAAAUUGGCCUGUAAACGAAGACACGCCUCGCUGGGAUGAAUAUCGUCUUUCGAAACCCAGAAUGCAAUCUGUUCAAAACGAUUCCAGCAAAUUUCGUGUGACAUGCAAGUAUGAUACCGAUGGCCUAAACUACACGGAUUAUCUUGAGGCAAGAAAUGAACACGUUGAUGUCUUGAAUUUCGUAGAUCAACAAACGAGCAGUACCGUCGUUUGCUCUUUCGUUGACUACGUAAAUAUUCGAGGCGAUGACUGCGGCUUCUGUACAAUGAUAUUAUACCAAAACGUCUACACAUUUCACGCCGAUUCCUCUAGAACAGAUGGCUGUGACUUUCAAUCAACUGGUGCAGAAAAGUGUGGAGGUAUCGGAGAAGAUAAUUUUGGUCUCUAUAAUUGUGUCAAUCCAGCCCACCGUUGUUCAUCGUCUGCGGAUGCCACGACACAAUUAUGGUUUGGAACUGACUGGUUGUAA